GGGAGGGUGAGGCGGCCUGCCGACACUCUGACGCCAAGCCGGGCUGAGGCGGUGGGUCGGCUCAGGAGGGGCAGCAGACAGAGCCACGGCAGGGCGGCAGGGACAGAAAAAAAGUGACUCUAAGGAGUACAGAGGAGCUUGGAAGCCUUGAAAGCAUCUGGAUUAAAAAAAACCCUCCAAUAAUCCGUCAGAUUUCUUUGAACUGAUUUUGGACGACCUCCUACUGCUGCUCACUCUUCUUCAGGCGAGUGCAGGAAGGCAGCAUGAACGUCACUUCGCUCUUCUCCUUCACCAGCCCGGCCGUCAAACGGCUGCUGGGCUGGAAGCAGGGCGAUGAGGAGGAGAAAUGGGCGGAAAAGGCCGUGGAUGCUCUGGUGAAGAAGUUGAAGAAGAAGAAGGGAGCCAUGGAGGAGCUGGAGAGGGCCCUCAGCUGCCCGGGUCAGCCCAGUAACUGCGUGACCAUCCCUCGCUCGCUGGACGGACGGCUGCAGGUGUCCCACAGAAAAGGUCUGCCUCACGUCAUCUACUGCCGGGUGUGGCGCUGGCCCGACCUGCAGUCCCACCACGAGCUGAAGGCGCUGGAAUGCUGCGAGUAUCCCUUCGGCUCCAAGCAGAAGGACGUGUGCAUCAAUCCCUACCACUACAAGAGAGUGGACAGCCCAGUGCUGCCUCCUGUUUUGGUACCAAGGAACAGCGAGUUCAACGCCAAGCACACAAUGCUGCCUCGCUUUCGGAACCCGCUUCAGCAGAACGAGCCACACAUGCCCCAGAACGCCACCUUCCCAGAGUCCUUCACUCAGGCAAACACCGUCCCCUUCCCUCAUUCUCCAGGAAACGGCUUCCCAAGCUCCCCCGGCGGCGGCAGCAGCGCCACCUUCCCUCACUCGCCCUCCAGCUCGGACCCAGGCAGCCCGUUCCAGAUGCCCGAGACCCCCCCACCUGCUUACAUCCCCCCAGAGGAGCAGAUGACGCAGGACUGUCCUCAGCCAAUGGACAUCAACCUCAUGGCUCCCCCUCUGCCUACAGAGACAAACAACCGGGCAGAUGUGCAGCCUGUGGCCUAUGAGGAACCGAAGCACUGGUGCUCCAUUGUUUACUACGAGCUGAACAAUCGCGUUGGCGAGGCUUUCCAGGCUUCCUCCACCAGCGUGCUCGUCGACGGCUUCACGGAUCCCUCCAACAACCGCAACCGCUUCUGCCUCGGCUUACUCUCCAACGUCAACCGUAACUCUACCAUAGAGAACACGCGGCGGCACAUCGGAAAAGGAGUCCAUCUGUACUACGUUGGAGGGGAGGUGUAUGCCGAGUGCCUGAGUGACAGCAGUAUCUUUGUCCAGAGCCGUAACUGCAACUACCACCAUGGCUUCCAUCCCACCACGGUGUGCAAGAUUCCCAGCAGGUGUAGCCUGAAGAUCUUCAACAACCAGGAGUUUGCUGAGCUGCUGGCCCAGUCCGUCAACCAUGGCUUUGAGGCCGUUUACGAGCUCACCAAAAUGUGCACCAUCCGGAUGAGCUUUGUUAAGGGCUGGGGAGCAGAGUACCAUCGCCAGGAUGUCACCAGCACUCCCUGCUGGAUCGAGAUCCACCUGCAUGGCCCACUGCAGUGGCUGGAUAAAGUUCUGACCCAGAUGGGUUCCCCCCACAACCCAAUAUCUUCUGUUUCAUAGGCCUCACUAACCCAGGCCUCUCCACACCCCAGCAUUUCUGUCCAGGUAGGGAGAACAGCAGCCGACUGCUCCCAGAUCAGUUUGUAGUUCAGUCAGCCUGGUUCUGACCGAAGGACCAACGGAUCUGCGACCUGUGAGGCUGAGCGGGUUCUUACAUGGCCGGUUCUACUUGAAGGACAUCUGAGUGGGUCACAUUACCAGACUGGGAGAGGAGAGAGCAGAAGGAUGCAACUGGAAGACACUUGAUCUUGUGACCAACGGUUUUAUUCGACUGUCGCUCUCAUGAGGGGAACCACAUCCUCUGCUACAAGGACUUCUUCAUCCUCCUGUUAUUCUGACUCAGAUUGCAUUUCAAUAUUCCUGCCAAAAUUCAGCUAUAUUUGUGUUGUUACCAGUUAUGGGACAUUCCAGGUCAUCAGUUAGCUGAUGUUUUCUGUCUGAAUAAAUACGAUUAGCAUCAAAUGUGCAAAGUUACAGGUUUGGGGAACGACCCACAUGUCAGAGUAAUCUAGCUGUCACCGAGUGCUUAGAGGCUGUUAUUUAAGGUAAGGUACCUGAUGCAUAAGGAGCGACAACUGGGUCUGGAUGGAAGCUAAAAAAGCAUUUUACACGUUGAAAGACUGAAACUGUCAGUGUCCAUCCCCUGAUCUUAGGUUAAAGCGAAAAUAGCAGAAAUGUUUACCAUAAGAGAAGAUGCUGGAGAUCAGAGCAUAUUCUGGUUGGGAUGGUGUGACACAGUGGCUGUUCCUCUGCAGCAGAACCGGCCCUGAUGGACAGGAUCUGGAACCGUACUGAGCGUAGUUACAGAAACACUGUUGAUGGGAGCUGAUGAGUUUCUUUUAGCAACAAUUUCCCUCCAUUUUAGCCCAUGUCAGGUCUUUUUAACUCCAGAACCAAACAUCAUCCAGCCUGUCCUUUCCUUUCCAGCAGUGGGUCAUUGUAACAGUUUUCAGAGUAAAGACUCAAAAUAUUUUUUCUUUAAAAUAGUGAAGUGUUAAGUUUUUAUCAAAGCUGAGGGGUUACUUACUUUUCUAAGACUUACAGAUUGCUUCCAACAACAUGGUAACUACUUUCCCAGAAGUCUGAAAGUAUUUUUAGAAAUUAGAGGUCACGUUUCUUGACCUUUUCAGAGCCUUUCAAGUCAUUUUCUGGAGCUCAAUGGUCAUUUGUGUUCAUUUUCCCAGAGCCCAGCUGGUAUUUCUGGCAUAUCCAGAGUAUUCUCCUU